AAUAAGAGAUCCCGUCGACUGUCCCCGUAGACACUUCCGAUCUUUCCAUCUGCAUCACUUGAGCUCUUCCAUGUCGAUCUGCGCUAGCUCCUCGCAGUCGUCGUCGGGAUCCAGGGCGUGGGUUGCCCAUGCGGCGGUUCUCGGGGCAGCGAUCGCAGCGGCAGUUGGUGCCCACUUCUACCUCCGCCGCCGGUCCAGCAUGUUUCGGAGCCGGGUGAUCGGAAUCAUCCCUGCACGAUUCGACUCCUCCCGAUUCCAGGGGAAACCCCUUGCUCAAAUCCUUGGCAAGCCCAUGAUCCAGAGAACUUGGGAGAGAGCAAAACUGGCUUCAACUCUUGAAAAUGUUGUUGUGGCUACAGAUGAUGUGAAGAUUGCAGAAUGUUGUAGAGGAUUUGGAGCUGAUGUUGUAAUGACAUCGGUAGAGUGCAGGAAUGGGACGGAACGCUGCAGUGAAGCAGUCCAGAAACUUGGGAAGGACUAUGACAUAGUUGUCAAUAUUCAGGGUGACGAGCCUCUUAUUGAACCUGAGAUAAUAGAUGGCAUUGUUAAAGCAUUGCAGAGUGCUCCUGAUGCUGUUUUCAGCACUGCUGUAACGUCCUUAAAACCUGAAGAUAGUCUUGAUCCUAACAGGGUAAAAUGUGUGCUUGAUAAUCAUGGAUACGCAAUCUAUUUUUCCAGGGGUUUAAUCCCAUUUAACAAGUCUGGAAAAGUUAAUUCACAAUUUCCAUAUCUACUACACUUGGGCAUUCAGAGUUUUGAUUCAAAAUUCUUGAAGAUCUAUCCACAGAUACCACCUACUCGUCUACAACUGGAAGAGGACCUUGAGCAACUUAAAGUGCUUGAAAAUGGGUACAAGAUGAAGGAAAAAGAGGCGAUGGAGUUAUGGAAAGGACUGUGCUCAGAUCAUCACAUGAUCCAGACUACAGAUCUUUGAACUUGAAAAUCAGCAUUCUAGACUUGAACAGCUAUAGAUUUGUUUUCAGUACAUGCUCAUUUGGAAGGAAGGAGGAAUAUGAAUCAUUAAUUUGGUCCUUUGGAGUGCCUCUCCUCCUUAGAUGACCGACAUCAUCAUCACAAACCAUUUCAUUUAGUUAUGUUUUGAUUAGCAUCACCAUUGUUGUAAAAGUACUCUUUUUUUCCCCCAUUUGUCCUCUUUCCAUCUAUUGAGAAAGUAGGUUCUCCAUUUCCUAAACUCCUAUUGUUUG